UUAAAUAUCUCUUUUCGAAGGGCGUUCAUGGCGCCGUAAAAGAAAACAGAUCACAACCAAUUCGUUCUUCGAUCAAAAGUUGGGGAAAGAUGGGAACAAGGAGCAACUUGUACAAGAAUCCUUCUUUUGUCUACAACAAAUCCUUCAAUCUUAACUCCGUUCUUCAGAAUCUCAAUGCUUACAAUGUCGUCACCGGCAAUGUUUCCACGGCUCCUUCCACCGCCAAGCCGGAUUCCGACGAUAAUGAUAUCGGACACCAUAAACGCCGAAGGACAGAGAGACGACAACCUCUACGGAACAAUGAAAGUGAGGUGAAAGUGAAUGAUAAGCCUAUGUCUCACCAGGAUUACAUUGAAGAAAGAAGGAAGGAAAUUGCUUCAAGUCGUCCUUAUGAAGAAUUGAGUGCCGAUGUAUUGGAAACUUCAACUUCAGUUACGCAGUUGGUAGAGUAUGAAAGUUCAACUUCAAGUAGUUCAUCAGAAUGUGAAAACAAGCACUGUCCUACCAACUCUAGCAUGCUAGCUGAAAAUCAGAGUUCCCAGCCACUUGGCAGUACAAAUGAAGAUGAUAGAGUUAAGACCUGGAGUGAGCAGCGGUUCCCUCUUCCUGGAGAGCCUGUUUGUGUGGUGUGUGGGAAGUAUGGGGAGUACAUUUGCAAUCAGACUGAAGAUGACAUAUGCAGCAUUGAUUGCAAAGCUGAGCUUCUUGAAAACCUUAAGCCACAACAGGGGCCCUUAAGUGCUCAAUUCCCAGUAGAGCCCUUUGGCAAUAAAUGCUACUUAGAAGUUCCUGAAUCUGGAGGGGACAUCUGGAAUUAUGAGAAUCAUCGGUGGUCCAAGAAGAGAUCUGGUCUUUGUGCUUAUGAAUGUUGGAAAUGCCAAAGGCCUGGGCAUCUUCCUGAUGAUUGUCUGGUUAUGGCAUCUGCAAAUCAAUCUCAGCCAUCUGGUCAAUCAGGUGAAACGAGAAACCAGGUUGCAGUGCUUCCAAGUAAAUCCUGUUCUAUAUCCAGAGAUCUUCUCGAAUUAUAUAAAAGAUGCCGUGAAAUUAGAAAAAAAUCACUUUCAGCACAAUGCGAUUCUUGCCGUAGGUCUACAUCUUUGGCCACAUGUCUUAGAUGUAGUAAUUCCUUUUGUGACAGUGCAGGUCAUUUGAGAAAGCAUAUCAGCAUGCACCCCUCUCAUCAACAGUACUAUUCCUAUAAGCUCAAUCGUUUGGUGAAAUGCUGUAAAUCAACAUGCAAAGUGACUGAUAUCCAGGAUCUUUUGGCCUGUCACCAUUGUUUCAAUAAAGCAUUUGACAAGUACUAUGAUAUGUACACUGCGACCUGGAAGGGUGCAGGACUUUCAAUUAUAUGGAAUUCUAUUUGCUGUGAAGACCAUUUUGAAUGGCACAGGAUAAAUUGCUUUAAUGCUGGCGUCGAAGAUAGUGCAUACAUCAUUAAGAAACACUCCCCAAAUGACAACUGUGCCUUUAGUGACUUCAUCUUUUGAAGAUGUAAUGGCAAGCAGCUGUUGGGCUGGGGUGUGGGGUUGUCAUUGAGGCUGGGGAUUCAACCUUUUGGGGAAGAGGAAACAAUGAAUGGACUUCUAGUCUGAGGGCCACAUUCCGAGGAAGCCACCGGAUUGGACAUGCAUUGUAUGUACCGGAGAUUUGAAUUUUGAAGUCUAAUUGGUGAUGGAAUAUCCUUUUGCGCGCACCGGAGGGAGAGUAUGAUAUCCUCUUUGUUUGCUGAUGAUUUUAUUGCAAGGAAAUACUUUUUAUUUGCACACUAAAGCUUAUACACAAGAUUUUUUUACAACUAUUGAUAUUUGUUCAUAGGUUUUAAGGAGAAUACCUUGACUGCUCUAUGUCUCACACACUUUUGAGUAAAGUACACCAUCCUAUAUAUAUGAAUUAGAGGACA